CUUUCCCGCUCAAUUCGGCAAACCCGCUUGUGGAGUAGCGGCGUCUCUCCACUAAUUGCACUUUCUUCAGUUAAUUUCUUUUAAAUUGUGAAGUUUUCCCUCAGAAUCAUCCGUCAAGAUGUCGAAGAAAGGUGCCGCGAAGAACUACGAAACGGAAAAAGAGAAAGCUGAACAGUUUUUGACACAGUUUGCUGCCAGCAAAGACGGAAGGAAGUUUUACAAAUAUGCAGAACAAUUAACUAGAUUGGCGCACAGGGAACAGGUUGCCCUGUACGUCGAUUUAGAUGAUGUGCACGAAUUUGACCAAACGCUAGCAGAGUCCAUCCUUGGAAACACUCGCAGAUAUGUCAUCAUAUUUUCAGAUCUAGUCCACGAACUAUUGCCCAAAUACAAAGAACAUGAGCCUCACAAUAAAGAUGCUCUUGAUAUUUACAUUGAUCAUCGUUUGAUGAUGGAACAGCAAACCAGAAGACCUGGUGAACAGAGGCCGGCUGCAAACAACUAUCCUCCAGAAUUGAUCAGACGAUAUGAAAUUUACUUCAAGGACAUGACCAUCAACAAAAUCCUACCGAUUCGUGAUGUCAAAGCAGUCAACAUCGGUAAACUUGUCUCGAUCAGAGGUGUCGUGACGCGAGCAACAGAAGUGAAACCAAUGAUGUGCGUUGCGACUUACACUUGUGAUACCUGUAGUGCUGAAACAUACCAACCUGUUCAUUCUCUGUCAUUCAAUCCAAUUGAAAUGUGCCCCAGUGAAGACUGCCGUGUGAACAAAGCUGGUGGAAGACUGCAUCUGCAAACUAGAGGAUCUAAAUUUAUUAAAUUCCAGGAGUUGAAAAUACAGGAACACAGUGAUCAAGUGCCUGUCGGAAACAUUCCAAGAGGAGUCACAGUUUUCUGCCGAGGCGAGAACACACGACAGGUGUUACCUGGAGACCAUGUACAGAUUGCUGGUAUAUUCCUUCCCCUUCUUCGUUCUGGAUUUAAACAGAUGGUCCAAGGUCUUCUCUCGGACACCUUCAUUGAAGCUCAUCAUGUCCAGUGUUUGAGCAAAGCAAUAGAUGAAGACGAUGCAGCCCCUGGUGAAUUGACAAAUGAGGAAGUGGCUGAAUUAGCUGGCGAAAACUUCUAUUCCAAGCUUGCUGCCUCACUUGCGCCAGAAAUUUAUGGUCACGAAGAUGUCAAGAAAGCUCUCCUGUUGUUGUUGGUUGGAGGUGUAGAUCGCAGUCCUGAGGGCAUGAAAAUUAGAGGUAACAUCAAUAUUUGCAUGAUGGGUGAUCCUGGUGUAGCCAAGUCUCAGUUACUGUCUUACAUUGAGAGGUUGGCAAGGCGAAGUCAGUACACUACUGGCCGAGGUUCCAGCGGUGUUGGUCUCACAGCAGCUGUCAUGAAGGACCCUCUCACCAAUGAAAUGGUUUUAGAAGGUGGAGCUCUAGUGUUGGCUGAUCAAGGAAUAUGUUGCAUUGAUGAGUUUGACAAAAUGUCAGAGUAUGAUAGAACAGCAAUUCACGAAGUUAUGGAACAACAGACGAUCUCAAUAGCUAAGGCAGGAAUAAUGACAAGACUGAAUGCACGUGUUAGUAUUCUGGCUGCGGCUAACCCUGCGUUUGGAAAGUAUAACGACAAACUCAGUGUCUCAGCAAAUGUGCAGCUCCCACCAGCACUACUGUCCCGUUUUGAUCUCCUCUGGCUUAUCCAGGACAAACCUGACAGGGAUAAUGAUUUGAAGUUAGCUCAACACAUCACAUAUGUUCACCAACACUCACGCCAGCCACCGCUUGACUUCAGGCCGUAUGAUAUGGGUCUGAUGCGCCGUUAUAUUGACCUGUGUAAGAAGAAGAAUCCAACAAUCCCAGCCUCCCUCACAGAGUACAUUGUUGAAUCGUAUGUCGAACUGCGGAAAGAGGCCCGGAACCAAGGCAAAGAUUCCACUUUCACAUCACCAAGGAACCUCCUGGCCAUUCUUAGAUUAUCCACAGCUCUUGCUAGGCUCCGGUUGGGUGAUGUUGUCGAGAAGGAUGACAUUCGAGAGGCAAUGAAGCUCAUUGAAAUGUCAAAGAUUUCGCUGAAGUCGCAGAAUCAUGCCGGCACCACCAGGCAAAAAGCGGUGGAAGACAAAAUCUUUGACAUUGUCCGUGAUUCGGCGGGAACUCGGCGAGAGCUGCAGAUUGCCGAUAUCUUGGAACUGUGUAUGAGCAAAGGUUACAAUCAGGAUCAAGUACACCAAUGUCUGGAGAUUUAUGAACAACUCAACGUUUGGCAAAUCAAUCAAGCAAGAACGACACUCCAAUUUUUGGAUUACUAAAGUACUGAAAAUUAAGUUUUGUUUGUACCAUUAAGGCUCAGAUGUCUGGCCCUCUACCAAAAAUUUAGGUUCCACAACCAGUCAUAAUUUUCGUGAAUCUGCGAUAGUAUACUAGAACUAUUUGUCUGCUGAACAAAUGUACUGCACUGUGCCAUCUCCUGUGAGGCAGCUGAUGUUUCACAAAUGUUCCUUUCAAUCCCUCUUCUUUUCCUAAGAGGAUAUCAACUGAAAAUGAGAUGGGGAAUCAAUCUUCGAUGGGCAUGUUGAUGAAGCUGCAGGCUAGCUCUUGGCCUCAUUAACAGCCUGCUGAAAUGUAUUUAUCCAACAGUUUCAACCUUUUUUAGGUGUAAUUUUAAUUGAAGAGAUACCCUGUUUCGUGAAAUUGUUAAUGACUUUUAAUCGUCACUCAUUCAGUGUUCAACUAUUUCUUACCUAAUUUUGUUUUACUUUUUCUACAAUAGAAUAAGUAUUGUAAUGGUAAAAAAAAUUUGAAUUUGAGUUGACACUGAUGGUAAUAAUGCCUGAGUCUGAAAACAUUAAACAUGUUUGAUGAAAAUAUUUUUUCCGUAGCGCCAGUCAAAUUCAUCACCAAUAAGAUAGUCGAUUUUAAAUGACCCACAAAUUCUAAAUCUUGCAGAUGCAUGUAAGGGUGGAAUAUUGUUACUGCCGACCCCUCUUAGUUGUUAAAUCUUUUAACGUUCACUCGCUGAACAUUUUUACUCCUUCUUCAACCCCCGCCUACACACAUUUGUUAAACCAGGCAGUGCCAAUUUAAAAUAUUUUCUAUUAUUAUGUACCUAUUGCAUGUAUGUACCUGUUUUUCAUAACCAAAUCAUAUUUUAUGAGUAAGUGCUCUAACUGAACAGAGAGCUACUUGUAAAAUUUGCCGUAAAAUUAGACUUUUCCACUAGUGAAUGAAGAGCGCAUGCUACACAUUGCGCCUAAAAAAUUGAUGCAGACUUGAAUCUGUUGUAUCCUCGCUCUUUGCGAAAUCUUCCAUAAUAUUAAAAAUCUUUAUGGCUGAUAUUGAAUUGUAGAUUGUUGAAAAUUAUGCUUGCAGCCACAUUCCUGUAACUUUCCAGUGAAGUCAGAACGCUGCCAUAGAUCAUAGAAAGUAUGACAGUAAUAGUUAGUUUUUUUUUCACAGAGCAAGUUUGGUCUUGAAAGUUCCCAGCAUUUUUCUGUGCAUCUAGUGUCCUUAUCUUAAAUUCAUCAUCAAAAAUAUGUUAGAAAUCCUUAUGUAACCACUGAGACAGCUGAUAACGCAAUAUUUGACCGUCUCUGAAGCCAAGGAAAGGAUCUCAAUUGUGCUGUUUCAGUAGUUUUCUCUCAAAUUUUAUUUGUUUUUCAAAAGAGCAUCGUAUGAAUUCUUCCAAAAUUUCUGGGAAUUUUUCAUUACCCUUAUGAAAAUAAACACUUAAAUUUUCAGGCUAAUUCAUGUGAUGUGACCCCUCUCUCAAGAAAAAAUGAAACGUCAUUAGAGGUACUGAAACAGCACAGACAAGAUACGUUCCUUCGAGAGAGAGUCAAAAAUAAUUGUCGCACACCACUAUUUCAUGAUUAAUGAUUGCAUUAAAUUCCGAUAUAGUGUUGCUUGAAGAGAAUACAAACCGAACCAUUUAGAUCCGAAUGAAGUCCACUGACUUCCUUUUCUAUUCUUGUAGCAUCAGCUGUUAGCUCAGUUUAAAGACUGAUUAUUGUGUCUUAUUUGCAUUUAACUUACUUGUUAAUACAUUCCGGUGACAUUGAAGAUGAGUUCUAGCAACUUGCAUUAUAGUUAUAGGUUUUAACAGUUUCAAAAAGUAUGAUUCCAAAAGCAACUUGUGUGCCUAGUUUUUAAUAAUUCAACUAUGUUUUUGUAAUUUUUUACGUGUAUUUUAGUGUUUUUAAUUAAUUUAUUAAAGUCAAUAAUUUUUCAAA